AUGGACCGGUUGGACCAACUGGCAUGUUGGUCCCAUGGACCGGUUGGACCAACUGGCCUGUUGGCCGAAUGGACCGGUUGGACCAACUGGCCUGUUGGUCCUAUGGACCGGUUGGACCAACUGGCCUGUUGGCCGAAUGGACCGGUUGGACCAACUGGCAUGUUGGCCAAAUGGACCGGUUGGACCAACUGGCCUAUUGGUCCUAUGGAUCGGUUGGACCAACUGGCAUGUUGGUCCUAUGGACCGGUUGGACCAACUGGCCUGUUUGGCGAAUGGACCGGUUGGACCAACUGGCCUGUUGGUCCUAUGGACCCGUUGGACCAACUGGCCUGCUUGUCCUAUGGACCGGUUGGACCAACUGGCCUGUUGGUCCUAUGGACCGGUUGGACCAACUGGUGUGUUGGUCCUAUAGACCGUUUGGACCAACUGGCAUGUUGUUCCAAUGGACCGGUUGGACCAACUGACGUGUUGGUCCUAUGGAUCGGUUGGACCAACUGGCCUGUUGGCCGAAUGGACCGGUUGGACAAACUGGCCUGUUGGUCCUAUGGACCGGUUGGACCAACUGACCUGUUGGCCGAAUGGACCGGUUGGACCAACUGGCCUGUUGGUCCUAUGGACCGGUUGGACCAACUGACCUGUUGGCCGAAUGGACCGGUUGGACCAACUGGCAUGUUGGUCCUAUGGACCGGUUGGACCAACUGGCCUGUUGGCCAAAUGGACCGGUUGGACCAACUGGCCUGUUGGUCCUAUGGACCGGUUGGACCAACUGGCCUAUUGGUCCUAUGGACCGGUUGGACCAACUGGCAUGUUGGCCAAAUGGACUGGUUGCACCAACUGGCCAGUUGGUCCUAUGGACUGGUUGGACCAACUGGCAUGUUGGUCCUAUGGACCGGUUGGACAAACUGGCCUGUUGGCCGAAUGGACCGAUUGGACCAACUGGCCUGUUGGUCCAAUGGACAGGUUGGACCAACUGGUAUGUUGGUCCUAUGGACCGGUUGGACAAACUGGCCUGUUGGUCCUAUGGACCAGUUGGACCAACUGGUAUGUUGGUCCUAUGGACCGGUUGGACCAACUGGCCUGUUUGUCCUAUGGACCGGUGGACCAACUGGCAUGUUGGCCAAAUGGACCGGUUGGCCAACUAGCGUGUUGGUCCUAUGGACCAGUUGGACCAACUGGCCUGUUGGUCCUAUGGACCGGUUGGACCAACUGGCCUGUUGGUCCUAUGGACCGGUUGGACCAACUGGCCUGUUGGUCCUAUGGACCGGUUGGACCAACUGGCCUGUUGGGCGAAUGGACCGGUUGGACCAACUGGCAUGUUGGUCCUAUGGACCGGUUGGACCAACUGGCCAGUUGGUCCUAUGGACUGGUUGGACCAACUGGCAUGUUGGUCCUAUGGACCGGUUGGACAAACUGGCCUGUUGGCCGAAUGGACCGAUUGGACCAACUGGCCAGUUGGUCCAAUGGACAGGUUGGACCAACUGGUAUGUUGGUCCUAUGGACCGGUUGGACAACUGGCCUGUUGGUCCUAUGGACCAUUUGGACCAACUGUCCUAUGGACCGGUUGGACCAACUGGCCUGUUGGCCGAAUGGACCGGUUGGACCAACAGGCCUAUUGGUUCUACGGACCGGUUGGACCAACUGGCCUGUUGGCCAAAUGGACCGGUUGGACCAACUGGCCUGUUGGUCCUAUGGACCGGUUGGACCAACUGGCCUGUCGGUCCUAUGGACCGGUUGGACCAACUGGCCUGUUGGUCCUAUGGACCGGUUGGACCAACUGGCCUGUUGGCCAAAUGGACCGGUUGGACAAACUGGCAUGUUGGUCCUAUGGACCGGUUGGACCAACUGGCAUGUUGGUCCUAUGGACCGGUUGGACCAACUGGCCUGUUGGUCCUAUGGACCGGUUGGAGCAACUGGUCUGUUGGUCCUAUGGACCGGUUGGAGCAACUGGCAUGUUGGUCCUAUGGACCGGUUGGACCAACUGGCCUGUUGGCCGAAUGGACCGGUUGGACCAACUGGCCAGUUGGUCUUAUAAACCGGUUGGACCAACUGGCACGUUGGUCCUAUGGGCCGGUUGGACCAACUGGACUGUUGGUCCUAUGGACCAGUUGGACCAACUGGUAUGUUGGUCCUAUGGACCGGUUGGACCAACUGGCCUGUUGGACCUAUGGACCGGUUGGACCAACUGGCAUGUUGGUCCUAUGGACCGGUUGGACAAACUGGCCAGUUGGUCCUAUGGACCGGUUGGACCAACUGGCCAGUUGGUCCUAUGGACCGGUUGGACCAACAGGCAUGUUGGCCAAAUGGACCGGCUGGACAAACUGGCGUGUUGGUCCUAUGGACCGGUUGGACCAACUGGCCUGUUGGUCCUAUGGACCGGUUGUAGCACUGGCAUGUUGUUCCAAUGGACCUGUUGGAGCAACUGAUGUGUUGGUCCUAUGGACCGGUUGGACCAACUUGCAUAUUGGUCCUAUGGACCGGUUCGAGCAACUGGCCUGUUGGUCCUAUGGACCGGUUGGAGAAACUGGCAUGUUGGUCCUGUGGACCGGUUGGACCAACUGGCCUGUUGGCCGAAUGGACCGGUUGGACCAACUGGCCAGUUGGUCUUAUGGACCGGUUGGACCAACUGGCCUGUUGGUCCUAUGGACCGGUUGGACCAACUGGCAUGUUGGUCCUAUGGACCGGUUGGACCAACUGGCCUGUUUGUCCUAUGAACCGAUUGGACCAACUGGCCUGUUGGUCCUAUGGACUGGUUGGGCAACUGGCGUGUUGGCCAAAUGGACCAGUUGGACCAACUGGCCUGUUGGUCCUAUGGACCGGUUGGACCAACUGGCAUGUUGUUCCAAUGGACCUGUUGGACCAACUGACGUGUUGGUCCUAUGGACCGGUUGGACCAACUUGCCUGUUGGUCCUAUGGACCGGUUGGACCAACUGGCAUGUUGGUCCUAUGGACCGGUUGGACCAUCUAGCAUGUUGGUCCUAUGGACCGGUUGGACCAACUGGCCUGUUGGUCCUAUGGACCAGUUGGACCAACUGGCAUGUUGGUCCUAUGGACCGGUUGGACCAACUGGCCUGUUGGUCCUAUGGACCGGAUGGACCAACUGA